UUCUGUUAUCCUCUUCUCUUUCUCUAAGCUCUUGAGUUUUAAUUUCUAAAGAUUUAAAACUUAUAAAUCUCAGCAGCUUCUCUCUUGGUUUCAAGAGAAUAGCAGAAAGACAUGAAUGUAUCCAUAAAUGGUCAGUCUCAGGUCCCUCCAGGCUUUAGGUUUCAUCCUACUGAAGAAGAGCUUCUUCACUAUUAUCUCAGAAAGAAAGUUACUUUUGAAAAGAUCGACCUUGAUGUUAUCCAGGAAGUUGAUCUCAAUAAGCUUGAGCCAUGGGAUAUUCAAGAGAAGUGUAGAAUAGGAUCCACCCCACAAAAUGAUUGGUACUUCUUCAGCCAUAAGGAUAAGAAAUACCCGACAGGAACCCGAACCAAUCGGGCCACGGCUGCCGGAUUCUGGAAAGCAACUGGCCGUGAUAAGAUCAUAUAUAUUGGCUUUAAGAGAUUUGGGUUGAGGAAGACGUUGGUUUUUUAUAAAGGAAGAGCUCCACACGGUCAAAAAUCUGACUGGAUCAUGCAUGAGUAUAGGCUUGAUGAUAACACUUCCAAUGAAUCUAAUGCUUCCAAUCCUAUUGGAGAAUCCGUGGGUGAAGAUGGAUGGGUGGUUUGCCGUGUCUUCAGAAAGAAGCAUUAUCUGAAAGCGUUAGAGAGUCCAAAACCCUCAUCCUCCACUUGUCAUGAUUUAAAGACACAGAUGGCUUGUUCAGGAGGCAACGAUGGUGUUCUAGAUCAGAUUCUUCAUUACAUGGGAAGAACAUGCAAGAUGGAGAACGAUUCAUUGAGUAACAUAAACACCAACAAAAGUAACCCCAUAAUGCUUGUUCCAAAUAACCUAGGAAUCGGUGAUGGGUUCAUGCAUCUCCCCAGGCUAGAAAGCCCAACUCUCCCUUCUCUCUGUUACCAAUCAAUCGAUGAUAUUCAGACCGAAACAGAACCAGGCGGUGGUAGUGGUGGCGGUAAUAAUGACUGGGUCACAUUGGACCAACUAGUUGCAUCCCAGCUAAGUGGUGAAGUAGAGACAAGCAAGCAAAUAUCAUGUUAUGGUGACCCUAAUGGGGUUUACAGUAUUUCUCACGAUGAUGGUAUUCAAUUAUCGCAUUUAAAUUUGCAGAGAUCAAAUCAAAACUGCAGCAACGAUGAUGAUCUAUGGAGCUUGACCAAGUCAUCACCAUCUUCAUCAGAUCAUCCCUUAUGCCAUUUGUCGGUAUAAUACAUGUCAUGAUGAUCAUACAAAAACAUGUCUUUGCUCAUUGCUCAAGCACUCUCUUGAUUAGGUAUAUGUUGACUAUAUAUAUACAUAUGUAUUUGCAUUAAUAAGUGUAAAAUAUGAGAUGGGGUGGCAUUGUCAUGUGAUUUAUACACUUUACUUAAUAACCAU